GACUCCUGGCUCAACCACGCUCGAACAGCUCUGAGCAUGUGCUCAGGGUCAGGCACUGCAGAGGCAGCCCGAUCUGUCGUGCAAGCAGUAGUUCAGAAGUGGCCUGCGCCGGGCAAUGUUUCGAUGGAUAUUCGAACCGUGGCUUGGUGGGAGCAAGCCCACGAGUGUCACCAGCUACUAUACGACAACCACUUGUGGUGCAACAGCGUUGUGCAGUAUGAGCACGAGACCCCACAUCUGUUUUACGACGUCAUGAGCCUUUACAAGCCCAAUCUGUUCGUCGCUGGAACAGGGUACAGAAAGAAGCGUCGAAUCCUCAUGAAAGCCAACGUGAGCCAAUGCCUGGACUGCGGCACACACUCUGUCGCAGACAGCGACUUCAGGUGUUUCGCACCUUACGCCGACAUGUCCGUGUCAGGCCUCCCCUGCACCGAUAUGAGUAAGAUGGGCUAUCAAUUGAAACGCGAGGGCGAGACUAGCGCUGUUUAUAUCGCCCAUGGGCGGUUUGUUCAGGAAAGGCGCGUGCCUCUUCUCGUGCUGGAGUGCACGCCGGACUUGGACAUGGGCAUGGUCGAGGACACCCACCCGGACUUCGACUGGUACCAGUUGUUCAUGACUCCAGGCGACACAGGACAUCGUGGAAUGGCCAGGGACAGGACAUACGUGGUGGGCUGCCACAACCAACGCACCACCUGCAAGCACGACAUGGAGCAGCUCCUGCAAGCUUUCUCGAAGCGCAUGAGUCGGAAAGUUCAGACAGUGCCCUCGGAUUACUUUUUUGCGGACCAGGUAGAAGUAUCCUUGGAAGCGCGCACCCUUGCCGAGCGCAGGGGCAUCGAAUUCCGGCCCGGCGUUUUCGACCUGACAUACCUUUUGUCGGAAGCAGAAAGGCGCCGUCUCAAUCGCUACGUGUCGGACUUCCAGCAGAAGUUCGGCCGUGAUGCGUGCCAGGACCGCGACCUAGUCGUGUUUCUCGGCGACGAUCCGGACAAAGGAUGGCGAACCUGGUCAGCUACCUCGGCGGCUAUCCCGACUUUCCGCAGGAACGUCAGGACGGGGCUCAUGUGGAGCCCGUACUGGCGCAGGUGGCUCACUCCACGCGAGAAGCUGGCGGCUAUGGGCUGGCCGGUCUUGCCAGACAUGGCAGCAGCGAUGCAGUGCAGUGUAGUUCCAGCGAGGGAUGUUUUCAGAGCAGCAGCAUUGGCUGGGAAUGCCAUGCAUUUCAACUGCGUGGCAUGGGCACAGCUGCUGGCGCUUGCCUGCACGGCCCCGAUGACAGGGCUUCACUUCGGCUUAGGCUAUUGA